GCCGGGCCGCGCGACCCUGUGAGGCCGCGUUGGGGUCGGGUGCGCGCCGAGGGGCGGCGGGCGGGCGACAGGUCCAGUGGCGGAGCGCGCCGCUGCCCCGGCCCCUGCGCCGCGCGCUCGCUGGCUGGCUGGGGACUGGCAGGAACCGGAGCUGCACUGCCGCCUCUGGCGCGAACGCUCAGGCGCCUCCUCCCGCCCCAGUCACUGUGGCUCGGCGCACGCUGCCGGCGGCUGCCCUUUCCGCCUCUGGGGGAGCAAAGCCGCGGGCCGCUGUGCGCUGGAACCAUGGCCUCGGGCCGGAGGGGCUGGGACAGCUCCCACGAGGACGAUCUGCCCGUGUACCUGGCCAGGCCGGGCACUACGGACCAGGUCCCGCGGCAGAAGUACGGCGGCAUGUUCUGCAACGUGGAGGGCGCCUUCGAGAGCAAGACGCUGGAUUUCGAUGCCCUGAGCGUGGGGCAGCGGGGCGCGAAGACUCCCCGGAGCAACCAGGGCAGCGUCCGCGGCUCGGGGAGCCGGCCGGGGGUCGAGGGGGACAGCCCGCGCCGGGGCCAAGGCCGGGAGGAGGGCAGGGAGCCCGCGCCCGCCUCGCCCGCCUCGCCCGCGCCCGCCGGGGUGGAGAUCCGGAGCGCCACGGGCAAGGAGGUUUUGCAGAACCUCGGCCCCAAGGACAAGAGUGACCGUCUUCUCAUUAAGGGCGGUAGAAUUGUCAACGAUGAUCAGUCCUUUUAUGCUGAUAUUUACAUGGAAGAUGGCUUAAUAAAGCAAAUCGGAGACAAUCUGAUUGUCCCUGGAGGAGUGAAGACCAUCGAAGCCAAUGGGAAGAUGGUGAUCCCUGGAGGCAUCGAUGUCCACACUCACUUCCAGAUGCCAUACAAGGGAAUGACCACAGUGGAUGACUUCUUCCAAGGGACGAAGGCUGCCUUAGCAGGGGGCACCACCAUGAUCAUUGACCACGUGGUGCCCGAGCCCGAGGCCAGCCUCACGGAGGCUUAUGAGAAGUGGCGAGAGUGGGCGGAUGGGAAGAGCUGCUGCGACUAUGCCCUGCACGUAGACAUCACCCACUGGAACGACAGCGUCAAGCAGGAGGUGCAGAACCUCAUCAAGGACAAAGGGGUUAACUCCUUCAUGGUUUACAUGGCCUAUAAGGACUUGUAUCAAGUGUCCAACACAGAGCUCUAUGAGAUCUUCACCUGUCUGGGUGAGCUAGGAGCCAUUGCGCAGGUUCACGCUGAGAACGGGGAUAUCAUUGCCCAGGAGCAAACCCGGAUGUUGGAAAUGGGGAUCACUGGCCCAGAAGGCCAUGUGCUGAGCAGACCAGAGGAGCUGGAAGCUGAGGCUGUGUUCCGUGCCAUCACCAUUGCGAGCCAAACCAACUGUCCACUCUACGUCACGAAGGUCAUGAGCAAGAGCGCUGCAGACCUGAUCUCUCAAGCCAGGAAAAAAGGAAACGUGGUCUUUGGUGAGCCCAUCACCGCCAGCCUUGGCACAGAUGGGACACAUUACUGGAGCAAGAACUGGGCUAAGGCAGCUGCCUUUGUGACAUCCCCGCCGCUAAGCCCUGAUCCGACCACUCCUGACUACAUCAACUCCUUGCUGGCCAGUGGAGACCUGCAGCUCUCUGGGAGUGCCCACUGUACCUUCAGCACUGCCCAGAAGGCGAUUGGGAAGGACAACUUCACAGCCAUCCCUGAGGGCACCAAUGGUGUGGAAGAGCGGAUGUCUGUCAUCUGGGACAAGGCUGUGGCCACUGGGAAAAUGGAUGAAAACCAGUUCGUGGCCGUGACAAGCACCAAUGCUGCCAAGAUCUUCAACCUGUAUCCCCGCAAAGGGAGAAUAUCUGUGGGUUCUGACAGCGACCUGGUGAUCUGGGAUCCGGACGCAGUGAAGAUCGUCUCUGCCAAGAGCCACCAAUCGGCUGCAGAGUAUAACAUCUUUGAAGGGCUGGAGCUGCGCGGGGCCCCUCUGGUGGUCAUUUGCCAGGGCAAGAUCAUGCUGGAAGACGGCAACCUGCACGUGACCCAGGGGGCUGGCCGCUUCAUCCCCUGCAGCCCAUUCUCUGACUACGUCUACAAGCGCAUUAAAGCCCGGAGGAAGAUGGCAGACCUGCACGCCGUCCCCAGGGGCCUGUACGACGGCCCGGUGUUUGACCUGACCACCACACCCAAAGGGGGCACCCCCGCGGGCUCCACCCGGGGCUCCCCCACGCGGCCCAACCCACCGGUGAGGAACCUCCAUCAGUCGGGAUUCAGCCUGUCCGGCACCCAAGUGGAUGAGGGGGUCCGCUCGGCCAGCAAGCGCAUCGUGGCACCCCCCGGAGGCCGUUCUAACAUCACGUCCCUGAGUUAAGCGACCCCUCCCCAAAGAGAGGGGCAGAAGCAAGAAGAGAUUUUUUUGAAGCCAAAAUGGUACACCAAUAUUUAAGAAGGAAAGCGAAUCCAAACGGUUGCGAUCUAAAGAAUCAAUAAGCCUCAAGCCUUAUGUUUCUCCAAUGCUACACUCGCUUGCCUAGCUUUACAAAUAUUGCUUUGUUUUCUGUUCAUGCAUAGCUUUGAUUGGUUUGACCCUGCCUCCCCGCAUUUACAUGCAUGCAAUCAGACAGGCUACUAAGGUAAAAGUCUGCUAUAUAGUGUUGAGAGCGUGUGUAGUGCUGCAUUUUACGACAAGGGGACAGACAAAGCUGGGAUGUCAGGAAAAUCAACAAAGGGACAUGGUCAUUUGGGGUGAGGAGGUGGUGGGAGCCCAGAGUGAGGCGGAAGCCUCAGAGGGGCUGGGGUGGGAUGGAUGGGGGAGGCAGGUGGGUGGGUGAGCAUAAGGGGGCUUGUGUAUUGUGUCAAUGAAGCACGUUUAUUUCCAUGGAAGAUGGCUACUUGGGGCAGCCAUUCUUCCUCACAGUCCCCGGGGUCUGUGGAGAAGGCAGGCAGUCUUCAGGUUCCAGACUUUGUCACAUCCCUCCUAGAUUUUAUUCCUUUGAACAUUUUCUUAAAACACCAAAACCCAACCAUUACUUUCACCUGCUUGAUCAUGCCAGAGUUUGGUGGGGCCUCUUUCUCAGUGUUGCUUUCAAAUUCUCUUUCCUGGGCUGGGAAGGAAGCGAGGAGAGCGGAAACCACCCUUCUCCUCUUUCCUGUCUGCCUCUUUGGUGCUCUUUCAAAGGCAGCAGCUGGGAGUACACACAGGCCCUCGGUGGGGAGGGCAGCCACGCCCACACCCCUUCCUCUAACCAAGUGUUGGAGAUCACCUCGAAUUCGAAUUCUUGCAUUCUUGCGGCUUUGCGAACCAAUCCGGGAAGAGCAGCAUGUGUCCGGCGUCCCAAGUUAGGACAAGCUGAGGCAGGGCCCCAGGAAGGGCUUCUCUUGCUGCUGAUCAGUGAUCUAUUUAUUCCGUCUCAAGAUUCAGGCAUAUUGGUGAUUGAAUAGGAUUUUUUGUUUGAAAACUUAAAUGCUUAGGUGUUCUCGAAGUUUUGCUCCCAACAGAUGAUCUCAGUUGAGACGGGAGCCAAGCAAGCAUUUGGGAAAGCUAGUCUGUGGAGCUGGGGGGAACAUUCUGGGGCCGUGGGUCUGCUUUUCAGCCCUGAACCAUCUGUCUCCCUUUCCUUUAGCACAUUCUCUGGGGGACCUUUUUGUUUCCCUUUAAAGCCUCCCAAGGUGAGUGGCAGUGACAUGCGGUCUUGUGUGAUGUGGCCCAGAAUGGAAGUGGAGAUCAAUGUCUGUUUUCUCAUCCUGCCACUUCUGAAAAUUCAAUGUUGGGGAAAGUUCUCUGAGCCAGAUGAGGAUUUGUAGAACUAAGGCCCAGAGCUGAAAAAGUACAUUCACCCUGGGAUCAGAUAUCUGUGCUUGGGGGAUCUGGCUGGUAGGACCCCUGACUGUGUGUACUAGGUACUUGGAAGAAAAAGAGCAGGCCUCAGACACCUUUCAGGUGCUCAGUAGAAGCCAUUCUCUCUGACAGCAGUUCUCAUAAGCUGAAGACUAGAGAAAAGGGAACGGGCGUGGCUAAAAAGGAAUUUGGAAAUAGCCAAGGAUUUCUCCUAGCCAUCUAAUUACUAUGAAAACAAUCAUUUCUUGUAAUAAGGAAUCUUGCUAUUUUUAAGGCUUUUUCAUGGUGCCUUUAUUUUAAAGCAAACUUAAGGGGAGCAUGUAGCUCUUGAUUGAUAACUCCGAAGAUAUGGGGGCCUGUCGUAGAACUCAGAGUGACAGUUUUGCAGGCAGAGGGAGAUUGUCAGAUCUGAAGCAUGUACGUUAUAUACCUCAGUGGCUGGGCCAUUCUGCAGGGAUGUGUUGCAGUACCAGCCACAACCACCAGGUGGAGGAAAAGACAAAAAACUAGUGGGCGCGUCCUCUUGGGGACUGUCUACUCCUGCUUCCUAGCCAGAGUCCAGCCCCUCCCUCCAUGACCUCUCUGUGCCAUUACAGUAAGUCUUUCAUGGCCACAUUGGUCAUCUGCACUACACUGGGACUGCUGAAUGAAGCAUUCAACCAGAACUUCAUAUCCGACACAAGCUUUUCAUGCUGUAGAAACCACCGCUAAUGCCUUCCUGAUGGGCAACAUGAUCUGGGAAAGCCUCCCUUUCUUCACUUACUACAAGUAACUUCCCAAGCAUAGAGAUUCCUAAGAAUUGCAAGAAAACUCCCUCUCUUUUCUUGACUUUGAUUUCUUGUACCUUGUUACUUAAGUUAAAAUUUAUAUUCAAAUGUGUCCUAUUCCGUAAGAUGCAUCAAAGAGCCCUCCCUAUAGAAGGGUUUAGGAAAAAAACAUGAUGCAAGUCACAGCUUUCGCAAAAUUUGUGACCUCUCAUCCAUGUGUGGGAGGGCUUGUUGGACCUUCUCCUGCCCAAGCUUUCUUUUGCCAUCUUGUCUGUUGGGCCUGGCCCCUCUCUAAGGAUGCCCUUGGCUUACUGCCCCCCCGAACCCUCUCAUGUUAUUCCUUACCCAGAUGGCAGUCCACUGGGGUUCACUCUGGGAUGGCCAUAACCUUGGGCAGUUGAGAAGGUAUUUGUGGAAUUGUUAGAUCAGCCAACCCCGUAGAGGUGUUUCUUCUAUUUCUGUUUUCUAAAAAUGGCAGUGUUGUAGUCAUCCUGAAAAUGGAUUUUCUUCAAAGACCAGUCACCCUUUGGCCUUUUUCCUCAUGCCUACACCCAGAGUCACACUCUGUGGCAAAGGCCUUAAUCCCAAGCCUGGACUUACACUCACCAUGGGAGGCCCUUCCCAACAGGGCAGAUGAACCCCCAGCUUUGGUUCUAGCCACAAGCUUCCCAGGCUUUCCCCCCUUGGAAAACUCCAGCUUGAGUCCCAGAUAUACCCCUGAGCUGUCCCAGGCAGCCAGCAUUCAUUGUACAAGUUCCCUCUUUGGAAAACGGUGUGUGGGUGUUCAGUUCUGUGUCCGGUGAAUAUGAACAGACCGUAAAUCUCCCUGUGAUCUGUGGUAGCUGUGAGGCAGCUCUGGAACGUGAAGAGCUGUUUGGUUUGAACCGUGAAGAAAACUGUGUUUUGAGUUUAGCUGAGAUUAAAGAAAAGUUCAUCAAGUGACUGUUAAUGUACACCUGGUUAUUAAAAUAACUAUGAAAUUA